AUGGGCGCCCCGCGGGCCGCUCCCGGCUUCCUGCUCCCGCUGCUCCCGCUGCUGCUCCCGCUGCUGCUGGCGGGCGCCGCGGGGCCCGGCCGCGCGCCCUUCUCGCUGCCCCUGCGCGUGUCGCCGCCCGCCGCCCGCGACAUCCUUCAGCGCGCGCUGCCCGCCUGGCGCGGCCCCGCGGCGAGCGCCGGCGCCGGGGCGCUCAUGGCCGGAAAGCCGGCGAGCGGCGGCCGGCGGGAGCCCCCCGGCGAGGCGGGCGGCUUGGCCUUGGCCUCCGAGCCYGCGGCCGCCCUCAACUUUCUCGCCAUGGUGGAGAACCUGCAGGGCGACGCCGGGCGCGGCUACUACCUGGAGAUGCUCAUCGGCACCCCGCCGCAGGCGUUAAAUAUUCUGGUUGACACUGGAAGCAGUAAUUUUGCUGUAGCAGGUGCACCUGAUGCUGAUGUCACCACCUAUUUCAAUCCACAGCUGUCAAGCACAUAUAAGUCUCAAGGAAUUGAUGUCACAGUUAAGUACACUCAAGGAAGCUGGACUGGAAUGCUAGGUACAGAUGUCAUUACAAUCCCGAAAGGAAUCAAUGGCAGCUACACUAUCAACAUUGCUACCAUUCUUGCAUCAGAGAAUUUCUUCUUGCCAGGGGUUAAAUGGCAGGGGAUUCUUGGUCUUGCCUAUGAUGCCUUAGCCAAGCCUUCAGGUUCUGUGGAGACAUUCUUUGAUUCUCUUGUGAGCCAAGCAAAGAUCCCCAAUGUCUUCUCCUUGCAGAUGUGUGGUGCUGGACUGCCUGUUUCUGGAAGUGGUACCAACGGAGGUAGUCUUGUUCUGGGUGGAAUUGAACCAAGUCUGUACACAGGUGAUAUUUGGUAUACACCUAUCAAAGAGGAGUGGUACUAUCAAGUUGAAAUCCUCAAGCUGGAGGUUGGAGGACAGAAUCUCAACUUGGACUGCAGAGAGUAUAAUGCAGAUAAAGCAAUAGUAGACAGUGGUACCACCCUCCUUCGGCUGCCCCAGAAAGUCUUCAGUGCUGUUGUGCAAGCCAUAGUUCGCACGUCCCUGAUACAAGAAUUCUCCUCUGGUUUCUGGACUGGUUCCCAGCUUGCAUGCUGGGAUAAAACUGAAAGACCAUGGUCCUUAUUUCCCAAACUCUCCRUUUACCUGAGGGACGAAAACGCCAGCAGGUCGUUUCGGAUCUCUAUCCUACCACAGCUUUAUAUUCAACCCAUUCUCGGAAUUGGGGAGAAUCUACAGUGCUACCGGUUUGGAAUCUCUUCCUCCACAAAUGCCCUAGUUAUUGGUGCUACCGUCAUGGAAGGCUUCUAUGUAAUAUUUGACAGAGCUCAGAAGAGAGUGGGCUUUGCAGUGAGUCCAUGUGCAGAAGUUGAUGGCUCUCCAGUAUCUGAGAUUGAAGGCCCUUUCACAACCACGGAUGUUGGAAGCAACUGUGUUUCCAGCGYUUCUUUCCAUGAACCAGUGUUGUGGAUUGCCUCCUACGCUCUCAUGAGCUUGUGCGGAAUUAUCCUCCUGGUACUGAUCAUCCUCCUGCUCAUCCCGCCGCGGUGUCAGCACCGCUACACUGACAAUGAUGUGGUCAACGAUGAAUCCUCCUUAGUGCGUCAUCGAUGGAAAUGAGAAACUCGAUCGUGAAACCUGGAACUUAAACACARGGAAGAAUAAAGUACUUUGCCAAGGAGAAGAAGCCAACGCCUCAGUCCUUUCUACGUCCAUUACAGAUUGCUGGUGAAAUCCCUCCAGAUAUCCUGCGUCAUGAUUUUUAAGCUUUAUUUUCUAACACUGAUUCUGAACCAAAGCACUAUUAACCACCUCCUAAGUGCUGUUCUACUGGAUUUGCUACUAUAGUACAAUGAGCCUUUAUGCCCUCAUUAGUACCUUCUCUUUUUUAAAAAAAAAAAGAACAAAACACACACUAUGAUGUUCUUCCACUGUCUGWACAAAAUUAUCUGAACAAAAUUAUGCCUCCUUCUUUCACAAAAAAAGGAGCUGUCAGAAAUUUCUAACUAAUCAAUCCUUGAAUGUAGAAAGAGAAAAAAAAACGUAAUUUUUAAUAAUUUCUUAAUCAUAUUAAAUUAAUAUAGCUUUUUGUUUAUAUGAGUUCAUUUUGAAACUGUGCACAUGCUGCAAGGGAGGGGGAAAGGUCAGAAUUAUUCAACAGAUGGAUGUGAGGUCAAAAAGAAAGUUUUUUUUCC